AUGGCCACCGCCCAGCAUAGCCCCCCGGAUGAACUAUCAAUCCUCACCCUGAACGUAUGGGGUCUCCUCCGUAUCUCUCCCCUCCGUCCCCAGCGCAUGACCGAGAUCGCCAAGCACAUCAACACCCUCGCACCCGCUAUCGUCUGUCUCCAGGAGCUCUUCACCCAGAGCGACUACCACCUCAUCCGCCAGGCCACCGCGGAUCUCCUCCCCUAUGGCAAAUACUACUUCUCCGGCGCCUUUGGCGGGGGCCUCGCCAUACUGAGCAGGUACCCCAUUGAGGAGAGCACCUUAACGCCCUACACCCUCAACGGACGUCCCACGGCCUUCUGGCGGGGUGACUGGUUCGUGGGCAAGGGCAUUGCGCGCGCCACCAUUCGCAUCGCAGGAGGACCCCAGGGUCUCGUCGACGUCUUCAACACGCACACGCACGCGCCGUACGAGAGCGGGCCUCGCGACAGCUACAUCACCCACCGCCUCGCCCAGUCGUGGCAGGCCGGCAAGCUGAUCAGAGACUCAAUGCACAAGGGACGCCUGGUCAUUGCGGCGGGCGACUGGAACAUGCGUCCCGACACAAUGCCCUACCGCCUCUUGCUCGAUCAGACCACGUCCGCGCUGCAGGACUCGUGGCGCGCGCUUCAUCCCCAGAGUGCCCUGGGUCCGAAUCACAAGACCCCUCCUACGGCGCGGCACAACAUUGUUGAGAAUGGCAUGACCAGCAACAAUGUACUCAACACAUGGCGCUGGUCCAAGAAAGCGCAGAAGAAGCUCCUGAAAGGGGAUUCCCAGCCCGUGCGUCCUGAUGAAGCGGAUCCGCAUGGUCAGCGCCUGGAUUACGUCUUUGUCUCGACAUCUGUCGCCGGAUCGGAAGACUGGCUCAUCACGGAUACAAGGGUGGUCAUGACGGAGAGGCACCCAGAGCUGCACGUAUCUCUGUCAGAUCACUUUGGCGUCUUGACAUCUUUAACGCGUUCUGGUGCAGAUUCAUCGCUACCCACUCGACCAGCUUCGAAGAGGGCGCAGGCGAAAGACAAAUCUAGCCUCGACAUGUACGACCGGAUUCUGGAAAGACUGCAGUGGUACGUGACGCGAGAGCACAGCCAGAAGUUCUGGCGGGGAACUCGCUUCUAUGGAGGGCUUCUCAUAUGGGUCGCCUGUUUGGUAGCUGUAUGGUUUGUGCCGCACAACUACAUUGCGUUCGUCCUCAUGCUCGUCGCCAGCCUUAUCUUGACUGGGUCCACGAUCGAAGGGCUACUCUCGUUGCUCUUCUUCAGUAGCGAGCUGCGGAGCCUAAAAGAGUUUGAAUGGGAGAUCCGUAAUGCAAAGGCAGUCGGCUCGGGGAACUCUCAAACCACAUCCUACGAAUCUUCCCAGGAGUGA